UUUAAAAAAAAGGCGGAGGUCUGGAGGAAGGCUAAAGUAAAGAGGGUGAGAAGGUUCUUGACCCAGCUGGAGGAAACCCUUCAUUCUUUAUCAAAUUCAGUCUCACCGAUUGACUCGGCCACCAAUAAGAACAUCGGGGAUUGGAUUGGAUUGGAUUGGGACUGGAUUAGACUGGAUUGACUGGAAUCUCUCGUCUCUCUGCUGUGGAUUUGGAGUUGUGCUUGUUGAUUUGAUGAUUGUUUUUGAGGAAGGGAGAGAUUUGGAAGAUCGGAGGUGGAUUGAAGAGAGGAGGAAAGAGGAGUAGAGAGUUAAUUUUUGAAUCUGAUUACGCCAGUGGGAAGUGUUGAAUAUUGAUCCGUUGUUGUUGGUUUUUAUGGGAACUCCACCAGUAGAGGAGCUUCUGAGGAAGAUACAAGAGCUGGAGGAAGGUCAAGCGCAUCUCAAGAAAGAGAUGUCCAAACUUCUUCUCUCUGGAACUGCCGCGGAUUCCAAUUCUGACCACCAAAUUCGCCACCAUCAUCAUCACCAUCAGCGUUCUCAAUCGAUAUCGCCUCAGCGUUCUAGGUUUGCUACGGCUCGGAGAAGAGGCGGCGCUGCUGGAGGUUUCGACGGCGCUGCAGCUGCGUGGAAGAGAGGCUCUUCGUCGUUUCGAUAUUCUUCUCCACUUCAGAGAGAGAGUAGGACUUGUGAGCCUCUAAAUGCUGCCGCCAGUGUCGGAACCGGCGGUGGCUCUGGCCCCGCCGCCGUGAAUUUCACCAACAAACAGUAUCUGAAUAUCUUGCAGUCAAUGGGACAGUCUGUUCAUAUUUUUGACCUUAAUUAUCGCAUAAUUUAUUGGAACCGAGCUGCUGAAAGCGUGUAUGGAUAUUCUGCGGUGGAGGCUCUUGGUCAAGACGCCAUUGAGCUUCUAAUCGAUCCCGAGGACUUCGCCGUUGCGAAUGAUGUAACUCUUCGUGUCAUGGGUGGGGAGAAUUGGACUGGUCAAUUACCUGUAAAGAACAAGAUGGGGCAAAAAUUUAUGGUUGUUGCCACUAACACUCCAUUCUAUGACGAUGGUGCAUUGGUUGGGAUUAUCUGUGUAUCAAGUGAUUCACGGCCAUUUCAAGAAUUGAAGGUUCUUUUAGCAUCAGGUUCUAAACAGCAGGAUGCAGAUUCGAACACGAUCCGUUCAAGAAUCCCGGUUUCAGCUAAACUUGGUCUUGAUCCUCAGCAGCCUCUUCAAAUUGCAAUUGCUUCAAAGUUAUCAAACUUGGCAUCAAAGGUAAGCAACAAAGUCAAGUCCAAAAUUCGAACUGGAGAAAACAGUUUGGAUCGUGAAGGUGGAAGUGCAGAUAGUUACCACUCUGAUCAUGGCUUUCCAGAUGCAGUUCUUUGUGACAAUCGGGAGGAUGCAAAUUCAAGUGGAGCUAGCACGCCUCGGGGCGAUUCCACGGCUCAUGGUGCGUUAUCCCAUGUUGAGGAGAAGUUGUCUGGCAAACUGGUCAGGGAUUCUGGUGAUGAGGUUGUAGGAAAACCUACAAUCCAGAAGAUCUUAUCCUCAAAAGCAGAAGAGUGGAUCACUAAGAAAGGCAUAUCUUGGCCAUGGAAAGGGACCGAGCAGGAAGGAGGAUCUGAAACAAGAACAACCCGUAUUGUUUGGCCCUGGGUACAAAUUGAUCAAGAAGCUGAACCAGCAAAUCAUAGAAGUUCUUCUUCAUCUGUGAAACCAGAUAUGCAGCAAAACGAUGGUCAUCGAGCAGUCAAUAACGAGGCGUCGGGAUCUUGGUCAUCAUUCAAUGUUAACAGCACUAGCAGUGUCAGUAGCUGUGGAAGUGCCAGUAGUAGUGCUAUCAACAAGGUUGACACGGACUUCGACUGCUUGGAUUAUGAAAUCUUGUGGGAAGACCUUACUAUUGGGGAGCAAAUAGGGCAAGGUUCUUGUGGAACUGUCUAUCAUGCGCUGUGGUAUGGAUCAGACGUUGCCGUCAAAGUGUUUUCCAAACAAGAGUAUUCAGAUGAUGUGAUUAUCUCCUUCGGACAGGAGGUAUCCCUGAUGAAAAAGCUUAGACACCCCAACAUUCUUCUCUUCAUGGGAGUUGUGACUUCACCUCAGCGUCUCUGUAUUGUCACAGAAUUUCUUCCACGUGGAAGUUUGUUUCGUUUACUACAGAGGAACACGGGCAAAUUAGAUUGGAGACGCCGUGUUCAUAUGGCUUUGGACGUUGCGAGAGGCAUGAACUAUCUUCACCAUUGCAAUCCACCUAUUAUUCACCGAGAUUUGAAAUCUUCGAACCUCUUAAUUGAUAAAAACUGGACUGUGAAGGUUGGGGAUUUUGGUCUAUCUCGACUUAAGCAUGAGACUUAUCUAACGACUAAGACCGGAAAGGGCACGCCUCAAUGGAUGGCGCCUGAAGUUCUUCGUAAUGAGCCCUCGGAUGAGAAGUCUGACAUAUACAGUUUUGGAGUCAUAUUGUGGGAGCUUGCAACCGAGAAGAUCCCUUGGGAAAAUCUCAAUACAAUGCAGGUGAUUGGUGCUGUUGGGUUCAUGAACCAACGACUUGAAAUCCCCAAAGACGUGGAUCCACAGUGGGCUUCUAUUAUUGAAAGCUGCUGGCACAGUGAACCCGCAAACCGGCCAUCAUUCCAGGUUCUGAUGGAAAGGCUUAGAGAACUGCAUAGAAAGUUUACUAUUCAAUUACAAGCAGCCCGUAACGGUGGAGAUAAUAUCAGCCAAAAGGAAACAUAAAGAAAACCAACAAUUUUUAUGGGUCUAUUUUAUCAUAUAAUUACCAAUUGAUGAAGGCAAGUCAUAGGUGUGUAUGAUCAAGGUUUUGAUGGUGGUUCAUAGUUGGUGAGCAGAUAGUGGGCGUAGGAGGUUUAAAGGACAUUAUUUGAACCACAAAGUGGAAUGUAAGUUAAUGGGUGGAAAGGAUUUUCGUCACUUUGGAAUGGAAAAUGACUCCUCGGAGUGGCAGCGUGGGCAGUGUCUCAUAUCAACUGGGCCGAGCUUGGUGGUGGGG